AUGAAGGAUUUGGGUGAGGCGAAGAAAAUUCUUGGCAUGGAGAUAAAAAGAGAUAGACAUUCAAAGAACCUCUAUCUAUCUCAGAAAGAAUACUUGAAGAGAGCAAUAGAUCAAUUUGGCAUGAAUGAGAACACAAAGUCGGUUAGCACCCCUCGUGCUCCUCACUUUAAGCUUAGUGCUGCUAUGUCGCUGAAGAAUGAAGCUGAACAUAUAUGCACGAUCCAGGAAACGGAGCAUUGGCAAGCUGUAAAAUGGAUUUUACGGAAUAUUCGUAAUAUUGUAGAUGUUGGAUUGUUUUUUGAGCAGGAAGUUAGUUGGAAGUCUACUUUGCAUUCAACGGUUGCUUCGUCUACUACUGAGGCAGAGUACAUGCAAUUACGCAGGCUGUAA